AUGAGUAGGGAGAACCAGAGCAACAUGUCCGAGUUCCUCCUCCUGGGACUCCCUAUCCGGCCAGAGCAGCAGGGAGUGUUCUUUGUCCUGUUCCUGGGCAUGUACCUGACCACGGUGCUGGGGAACCUGCUCAUCAUCCUGCUCAUCAGGCUGGACUCUCGCCUCCACACCCCCAUGUACUUCUUCCUCAGCAACUUGGCCUUCACUGACAUCUAUUUCUCAUCUGUCACUGUCCCAAAGAUGCUGAGAAACAUGCAGACUCAGCGCUUGUCCAUUUCCUAUCCAGGUUGUAUUUCACAGAUGUAUUUUUAUCUACUCUUUGGUUGUGUUGAUAAUAUCCUUCUUGCAGUGAUGGCAUAUGACAGGUAUGUGGCCAUUUGUCACCCUCUACACUACACCACCAUCAUGAAAGAGGACGUGUGUGUGCUGCUGGUGGCUGGCUCCUGGAUUCUCUCCUGUGGCAGUGCCCUCUUGCACACCCUCCUCCUGACUCAGGUGUCUUUCUGUGCUGACAACAUCAUUCCCCACUUUUUCUGUAGCCUCCGCAACCUACUCAAGUUGUCCUGCUCCAACACCUCUCUUAAUGAGCUGGCCAUAUUUACUGCAGGGGCUGUGGUUGUCAUUUUUCCAUUGAGUGGUAUCUUGGUCUCUUAUGGCCACAUUGGGGCCUCUAUUCUGAAGGCCUCCUCUACCAAAGGUAUCUGCAAAGCCUUGUCCACCUGUGGCUCCCACCUCUCUGUGGUAUCUCUAUUCUAUGGAACAAUUAUGGCACUGUACUUUUCCACCUCAUCGGGUAGCUCUAAUGACAAGGACAUGAUUGCCUCACUGAUGUAUACAGUGGUCACUCCCAUGUUGAAUCCCUUCAUCUAUAGCCUAAGGAACAGAGACAUGAAAUUGGCUCUGGGGAUUCUUUUCAGAAACAAAAUCCUUUUCACUAAUAGGCAGAAGAGGGGAAUUAGGAGGGAGAACCAGAGCAGCAUGUCUGAGUUCCUCCUCCUGGGAUUCCCCAUCCAGCCAGAGCAGCAGGGAGUGUUCUUCGUCCUAUUCCUGGGCAUGUACCUGACCACGGUGCUGGGGAACCUGCUCAUCAUCCUGCUCAUCAGGCUGGACCCUCGCCUCCACACCCCCAUGUACUUCUUCCUCAGCCAGCUGGCCUUCACUGACGUCUCCUUCUCAUCUGUCACUGUCCCAAAGAUGCUGAUAAACAUGCAUACUCAGGAUCAAUCCAUGCCCUAUGCAGGGUGUGUAACGCAGAUGUAUUUUUUCAUAUUUUUUGGCUGCAUUGAUAACCACCUUCUCACAGUGAUGGCAUAUGACAGGUAUUUGGCCAUCUGCCAUCCUCUACACUACACCACCAUCAUGUGA